UUAAUCUUAAACUUAAACUUAGCUCGCACCUCGUAAUGAAACGCUUUGUCGAUAGUCACGUGCUACGGUAGCAGACUGUCGUUCGAAACGAAAGUUUAAGGUUGUCCAAUAUUAAAUCGCUGGCACUUAAUCGCAAAAACGGUGGAAUCUCGGUGUCCCAGAAUAUUGAACAGCACUUGCGCGUACUGUUUAACCUUAACAAUUCCGCCUCUGUUUUUAGUGUUCGGUGUUUAGAUCCAGCAAGUGGUUGUUGUCAAACAAAAUUUAACGAUUAGGUGAAAGUGGAACGUUGCAAAAUGGUUUCAAUUAAAUGUCUGUUUGGAGUACUAACUCUGUAGGCCUCGACUUGGGCAAACCUUUAGGCAAAACCAAGAUUGACCAUAAUUUUAAUAAACCUUAUCACAGAAAUCACAAGUGUAAAAUGUCCCAGAGCGGCCACGACUACAACACGGCCCGCUACGUGUCGUGGAAGAAAUUGCACCUGUCGCGUGCCAAGCUAAAAGCGUCAAGCAAAACUUCUGCCCUGUUAUCCGGUUUCGCCAUGGUGGCGAUGGUCGAGUUACAAAUCUCAAACGCGAAAAACGUGCCGAGUGGAGUGCUUGUCGUCUUCGCCGUGAUCACCACGUUGUUGGUGGCCGUUCAUAUGCUUGCCCUGAUGAUCAGCACCUGUAUCCUGCCGAACAUGGAAGCGAUCUGCAGUCUAGACGCGAUCAGUCUAGUAGACGAGUCGCCGCACGAGAAGCUCCACUGGUACAUUGAGACGGCGUGGGCGUUUUCUACACUGCUGGGUCUCAUCCUAUUCCUUGCCGAGGUGGCGAUCAUCUGCUGGGUCAAGUUUUACGACAUCGAAAACAAGGCGGCCGCAUGGGCGGCUACAGGCGUUCUCGUUCCCGUUCUCUUCGUGUUUUUGGCUUUCGCCGUACAUUUUUAUAGGUCUCUUGUGGCGCACAAAUACGAAAUGACGGUAACGGGUAUCCGGGAGCUGGAAAUGCUCAAGCAAAACUUGGAACUCGGAGAUACGGACCAUAGGAAUGGAUUAAACGAUCUGAUAUCCGGAAUUCACGUGGUUUGAACGUCGGAUUCCAAUUUUAAAGCAACGGGCUGUGCUAAUUUUAAUUACUCAUUAUUUGAUGUACAUAUUAUUGUUUCAUUGUUUUUUAUGUGUGACUUACUUGGGGUUGUUGGGACUUGGUCCUGAUCUGCAGUACUUUUAGCAUUUUAAGUUUAUGCAUUUUAUAUGUUUUUAUUUAAUGUUGGUUGUUUGACUCAUGCUGGUCAAGUAAUUUUAUGGUGCGACUAUUUGUGGAAUAAUAGUAUGAAUUUUUUUAUACAAGUUUUGGUUAAUCAGGUACAAACAACCAAAUGUUUUGAUGUACUCUGUAAACAUAUUUUUAUACUGAAAAUUUAUAUUACUUAAGACUGCAACAGUUCCAUUUCUUGAAAGCAAUAUAGAAUCAAAAUAUUUUUACAACCAAAUUUAUACCGUAGACAUUGUAACUGUGAUUUGCUUUUAGAUGUACUAUUAAGUUCAUUGUAUGUAUAUAUACUCAAUAAACAUUUUAAACCAAA